CAUCAGAAGACUAUAUAAGUUCUCAGUAAUCAUACCACACUUCCUACAACACCCCCUUCCCCCUGAUCCCGACAUGGCUUCUGCUACAAGUCCCCAGCAACAACCGAUUAAUUUCAUAGGCGCUGUCCACGAUGGUUAGGACACCCGUUUUCCUUUGGAAUGGAAAAUAACUUACACAGACACCAUUUAACCCAUACCGCCGCCUCCAGAAUGGACAAUGUUUAGUGAUGACCCUGCAGACUACAUUUUAGAAGAACCAAUAGGAUUCGGCGCAUCGUCAAUCGUAUACCAGGCUUUGUACACUCCCAAACAUGAUCAGACUCGUCCAAUACCUUGCGCCCUCAAAGUUCUCGACCUGGACAAACUUCCGCAGUAUGCUUUGACACUCUUGACGCGAGAAACCAGGCUCAUGAGUCUGUCAAAGCAUCCUAACGUGCUUCGUGUGCGAGGCAGCUGGACGUCUGGACAUCGAGUGUACAUUGCCUUGCGUCUCAUGCGAAAGGGCAGCGUGCGCGACCUAAUGCGAUAUAAACAUAUUGAUGGGAUCGGCGAAGAACCACUCAAAUGUAUUCUGAAGCAAGCUCUUCAGGGACUGAAUUAUCUUCAUGUGAAUGGUCUCAUCCACCGCGACGUGAAGGCAGCAAACCUUCUUAUCGAUGACGAUGGCACGGUUCUGUUGGGGGACCUUGGUGUUGCAGCGCCACUGACGGACGAACCGAAGGAGAAGUCCCAGUGUUAUGACUUCCCAACAGUUACAUAUCCCAUGGAAGGCACAACAGACGAAACACCCCACCCACUUCCUUCCCAAACUCCAAAGCCGCAACUUGGUCACCGCAGAUCAUUCGUCGGUACACCUUGCUGGAUGGCACCAGAAGUCAUUACCCGAUCCGCGUACGGUUCCAGUGCAGACAUCUACUCCAUCGGCAUUACCGCGCUCGAACUUGCUCAUGGACGAGCACCACACUCGCUCGAUCCUCCUCACAAGGCACUCAUGAAGACGCUCCAGAAUGCAUCACCGACACUCGAUCGUUCUGGAGGUGUUCACAAGUAUUCGCGAACACUCAAAGAGAUCGUCGACAGGUGUCUCACGAAGGAUCCACAGCUACGACCAACCACAUCGGAGCUUUUAGAACACCCUUACUUUAGAUCAGCCAAGAAGAAGGAUUACUUAGUUAAGACCUUGUUGGUUGGGUUACCACCUCUCGUCGUGAGGCAGGAGCGUCGGAAGCAACCAACCUCACUCACUAGUACCAGCAUCUUGAGCUCUUGGGACUUUACUCAAAUAGCUCUUUCAUCGUCAGCACAUCCUCCGAUCAUGUCGAGAACACUCAGUGUUUCGAACAUACCCCGGAUGGGGGGCGACAUCCUAGUUGAGGAAGAAUCUGGGAGCAAGGCCGAGAAUGGGAAAGAUCUGCCACCUAUCACGCGCCUUGAGAUCCAGCAGCCUAGCGAAAGUAGUGCAGGUCGCCAUGAAACUGUUGCUGAUCAUCCUCGGGUGUUGUCGACAGCAUCUUCAAAAGACCAAUCCCCGUCUAAUUCCCGAUUCACACUUUCUGUGCCACUACCUUCCUCCGGAAAGUGGCGUAUGCUGACCAACAAACUUGGCUCGGGUCUCAAGAGCCCUUCAUGAUCGAUCGCAGUUUAAUCAGCAGCCUCAACCAGGUUACAAGCAGCUUAGAAUUAUCACGUAACCAGUAGCUUCCUUAACAAUUUCAACAUUGCUCGCAGCUCUCAGCAGCAGCUUGUCCGUAUACAAAACGAGAUCUUUCUGCUGUUCAGACUCUUUCAAUGCAUAAGCGGCGCAAAUGCUAACAUCUACCCAUUUGGUCAUUCUUCAGGAUUUCCGCAACCAGUUAGACCUAUUUCUUUGCAAUCCUCCAAAGUCAUACAGGAUUCGC